GUGCCGUCGAGCGCGACCAAUCGCCGUGCGCCCAGCGGCGGGCGCGGGGCGGGAGCUUCCCCCUCGACCGCCAGUACGCGACCAUACUUCACGUUGAAUGCACGUCUCUCCGGCAUUCGCUUUCGAGUCGUGCUGAUGUUCGCCUGUGUUAUGUUAUCAGUGCAGUGAUGAGUGCGUGGACUGAGGAAGUACUCUCUUGGCGCGACGACCGUCUCGGUCUCACAGAAUUGCCCACUGUAAACCGCAGAAAAAACCGCACCGCGCCAUAUAGACUACACAGACCGCAUUUGUCGACCGCUCACGUGCCUGAACCGGUACCCGAGGCCCAUGGAACGCAUAUUUCGAGGUUAUACCCAGAGAUACUUGCGUUAAUAUUCGAGAGAUUACCCGUCAGAGAUAGAGGUCGGGCCGCACAGGUUUGUCGUUCUUGGCGUGAUGCAGCUGACAGAAGAUCUGUUUGGAGAGGUGUUGAGGCAGCAUUACAUUUAAGAAGACCAGCUGCAGUGUUAUUUGCCUCUCUUGCAAGACGCGGAGUGCGGAAAUUACAAGUUUUAUCGUUGCGACGAGGUUUAAGAGAUGCAGUUUCCGCCUUACCUGGUUUAGAUUCGCUUUCUCUUAGUGGCUGUUAUAGCGUAACUGACGCUGCACUUGCAAGUGCUUUCGCAACAGAACUUCCAGCGUUAAGAAGACUAGAUUUAUCUUUAUGCAAACAAGUAACAGAUUCAUCACUCGGCCGAAUAGCGCAAUCAUUGAAAAACUUAGAAGAACUAGAACUUGGUGGGUGCUGUAAUGUAACAGAUACAGGGUUGUUACUAAUUGCCUGGGGAUUGAGGAAACUACGUAGACUCAACCUAAGAUCAUGCUGGCAUGUAAACGACGAUGGCAUUGCCCACUUAUGCGGAGGAGGCGAAGCUAGGGGAACUCCAGAAUUGGAGCAUUUAGGAUUACAAGAUUGCCAAAGGUUAACAGAUGAGGCGCUUAAACAUGCAGCCACUGGUCUUCCUAAUCUUAAAUCUAUAAACCUUUCAUUCUGUGUUGCUGUCACAGAUGCUGGAUUACGGCACUUAGCAAAGCUCCCACAAUUAGAAGAUGUUAAUUUAAGAGCUUGCGACGGAGUAUCCGACGCUGGAGUAGCUCAUUUAGCUGAAAGCGGCCGAUUGAGGGCUUUAGAUGUUUCUUUUUGUGAUAAAGUGGGAGAUGAGGCAUUAUCUCAUGCAACUCUCGGGUUAUCUGGACUUCGAUCACUGUCGCUUAGUGCUUGCCGACUCACUGAUGAAGGUCUGGAGAGGGUGGCGAGGCUUUCGCAGCUAGAAACACUAAAUAUAGGGCAAUGUACCCGUGUUACUGACAGAGGACUUCGCGCAUUAGGCGAUGGCUUAUUAAAUUUGAAGGCCAUAGACUUAUAUGGUUGCACGUGCAUUACUCCACAGGGCUUGGACCAUAUCGUGAAACUGCCACGGCUUAGUGUACUCAACUUAGGUUUGUGGCAUGUGCGGUGACCACACUCAAACUAGUGUAUUUCUGUGCCGCGUUUGCGUGUGUAAGUGCGACGGCCAUUUUGGAAUGAGGUUGUACUGGACAUAAUUAUAAAAUUAACCAAUUAUGAGAUAUUAUCGUUGGGAGACGGGGUAGCUUUCUUUGUUUUGUCAUUGUUAUGAUAAGUUUGUUGACUGAUUAUUUACGAUAACUGUGAUUUACUCUCCGUUUAGUUUGGUUAAGUUUGAAGAAAGACGCCCCAUAACCUAGUCGCCGUGUAAUCUAGACCUUUUUAGUACUAUCUGUGUAUACUCUUAUCAUUAUGACGUACUUAGAUGACGUAUCUGUAAUGUAAUUUUAAUGUUGUGGUUUCGAAAAGGUCUAGUUUACCUAUUUAAUUGCUCCAUUAGUUAGAUAUUUAGACAUUAUUUCAAUUAUAAUUCGAAUUUUUGCGAAAUGGAUCCAUAUCGUUUAAGUUUUGUAAUGUUCUGAUUGAAGAUUGUUUUCAAGUUAUGUUAUGUUGAUUGAAGCAGGGAUAAUUAUUUUUUACUAUUCUUUAAUGAUGUGGAAAACUAUUAUAAUAAAUAUGUUACAUGUGAUGGCAAGAUCAACUUGAAAAGUGUAACAUUUACUUAUUGUUUGUCGAAGACAACACAAAAUCUUUAGUUUUCGAGAAUGACGUCUGAAUACAGAUGCAGGAAAGAAAGUCCCAUGUUUCGAUAGAAAUGUUAGUUUUGUUUUUACACUAAGAGAUGUAUCCUGGAUAUUUUUAUUAAAGAACAAUUUAAAUUACCUAAGCGUUUUUAUUUUCUCUUUCCAGUGAUUAUGAAGAAUGUUUCCGCUAUAAAAGUUGUUUUAUAUUUUUAAGUAUUAUGAACAAAAACGAUCUCAACGAUACGUAAGAUUAGUUGUUAUUUCUCGCAAAAGUUCGAAUUAAAAUGUGUUGUAUAUUAACUGAUUUGUUUUGUACAAACCAAUGUAACAUAAAUGUAUUAAAAUCUUCAUUAAGU